AAGAAAAAUUAAAUUAAAAUAAAUUCGAGAGAAAAAGGAAAAAAAAAAGAAAAAAGAAAAAAAAAAGGAAGAGAGAGAGGCAAAGACGAAGCUUGGAAGAUUGAAACCCAGUGAGUGAGGUUCGAGAUUUGUGACCAAUUCGUGAACUUUGCGAAGGUCAGAGUUCAAUCAAUGCCCAAGUCCUUUGUUUUUUCCUCAAACACUUGCUACCUUUAGUCUUUCUUCUUCUUCAUUGUGCUUCUUUCCAUUGCAAUUUUGAAUUUUCGUGUUUUUUUUUUUCGUAACUCAGUUUUGUCCAACUCACUGAUCUCUUUCCCUCUACUUCGAAUUUUGAAAAUUGAAGUUCGAAGCUUAAGAAUUUGGUGAAACAAUGGGGUUUAAAUGGGUGCAGUGAUGUAAUGUUCGCUUCGUGGUUUUUCGACACAACCAUGGUGUUUAGGACCCUGGUUUGGUGAUUCAAACUUAGGGUUUUGAUAUGCUAUUCAAUUCAACGAAUUUUAGUUUGAUUUUCGGAAUUUCGGUCUCGGAGUUGGGGAGUUCCGUUGCGGUUUGAUCUCUAGGGUUUGAGUGUUGGGAAGAUGGGAUUUGGCUUUGCAUUGUCUGUUCUAUUGGUUGCUGAUUUUGUUCUGUUUUGGGCAUAAGGGUAACCUGUUCUUGUUCAGAAUUGGAAGUUUCUUUGUGGGUUACUCUGUUAUUAGUAUAUCAUUCAUGCAUCUGGCUGUUGACAUAUGCAGGGAUUGUAGUUAGUUGAUUUGUAAUAAGCAGAUAUGGGGGAGGGGAAGUUUAGUGUUCUUUGGAAACGGAAAUAGCUGUAAUUUGGCUCUAAUUGGGGUUAUUGGUGGGUGGGUCAUUUUUCUGAUUUGUUGGGCGUUGUAUGAAUUUGCCUCGUGAGAAAUGCAACCCCAGCAGAGCUCAAGAAUUGAUUUGGGUGAAUUGAGAGCACAAAUAGUAAAGAAGCUUGGAGCGGAUAAGUCAAAGCGGUACUUUUAUUACUUGAACAGGUUUCUGAGUCAGAAACUGAGCAAGACUGAAUUUGAUAGGUUGUGUUUUCGAGUACUUGGGAGGGAGAAUCUUCAAUUGCACAACCAUUUUAUAAAGUCAAUUUUGAAGAAUGCCUGCGAAGCCAAGACCCCACCACCAAUCCUGCCAUCAGGUCCUCCAAAGUCUGGUGAACAUGGUACAGACAUAUCUCCUGGUAGAGAAGACGGGCAUGAACAGAGUGUUGCCAGCUCCCAAAAUCAAAAGGCCCACAUUUGGUCAAAUGGGGUUUUGCCGGCAUCCCCAGGUAAGGUUAGGUCUGGAAUACGGGAUCGGAAGCUGAGAGAUAGACCAAGCCCUCUCGGACCAAAUGGGAAGGUUGAUUCUGUUUCUCACCAAUCAAUGGGUACAGAAGACAGUGGUAGUAAGGUCGAUAUGGAGAAUGGAAUUCUUACUCCAUGUGAUUAUCAGAGACCGACACAGCAUCUUCAAGCUGUUGCUGAGCUACCUGAGAGUGAAAGAGGAGAUUAUAUUCAUCGACCUGCAGAUAAACCAAGAAUGCACGGUAAAGGGCCAGCUGGAAGGUCAAUUGUUGAAGAUGGGGAAGAGGUAGAUCAGUUAAACCGCCUGGGUUUCUCUAGAAGUCCCUUGAUGGCACCACUUGGGAUUCCUUACUGCUCAGCAAGUGUAGGGGGAGCCCGCAAAGCAUUGCCAGUGGGUAAUGCUGGUGAUUUUGAUAGUUAUUGUGACAGUGGUAGGUUGUCUGAUACAGAUACUCUGCGAAGACGCAUGGAGCAGAUUGCUACAGUACAAGGUCUUGGAGGUGUUUCUAUGGAAUGUGCCAAUAUGUUGAAUAAUAUGUUGGAUGUGUACUUGAAACGGUUGAUCAGGUCUUGUGUUGAAUUAGUUGGAGCUAGAUCUACAAAUGAGCCAAGGAAGCCCCCUGCCCCCAAACAGCAGAUACAGGGUAAGAUCAUCAAUGGUAUGUGGCCAAGUAAUCAUUUACAUGUUCAGAGUACUGGUGGAUCAGCAGAACCUGUGCCUGAGCACAGACCGCCUUGCUCAGUUUCUUUGCAUGAUUUUAGAGUUGCCAUGGAGCUAAAUCCACGGCAACUUGGAGAAGAUUGGCCACUGCUGUUGGAGAAAAUAUCCAUGAAAUCAUUUGAGGAAUAACCCAUGAAAAUUUGUCUUCUUAUGCAUCUAGUUCUGAUGGCUCAGCAAUGGUUGGUGAAUGGUGAUCAUUGGUGCACCUUGUCUUGUUCUCUGUGCCAGUACAAACAAGAUGGUCGCAAAUAGAUACUUCUAGCCCUUUCGAGAUAAAAUAUUGGUUUUGAGCUUCAAUUUGUCUUAUCUCUAAAUUUUCUGCUAACCAAGGGUACUUUCAAAUCAAACCCACGAUUGGUUGCAUUGUUGUAUGUUUUAGCAUUGCUGUUGGCUGUAUUUGCCAUUCUAGAGAUCUCAAGGCUUUUGUUUGCUUUACAGCCAAUGAGAAAGAAAACAAGGAAAGUUUUGCAGGGAUACUGUGUUGUGUAGCUGGAUCAGGAUCAAGAAACUGUGACAUGUAUAAGAGCUGCAGGGUUGCUCUGUAUGUAUUUUUAGAAUCGGAGGAUUGAUUUAAAUUUACUAUCAAUAACACAUUAACAUCUAUUGAAAUUACCCUGAUCAUUCCAGUUUUAUGGUUGAACUCCCUGAUUUCAAAAUUCACCAAUACCCAAGUAGUGUUUUGGUUUCCUAGUUUUUUUGGUGUAGAUUUGUAACUUACACUACUUUUUAAGUGCAAGUUAAUUUGGUGACUGUAAUUGUUAUUUUCAAUAAAAUGAGAUUUAUA